AUGCAAUGCGUGACAGCAUCCUGAUCGCCUUUUUUACUCGUUUGCCUAUCCUAUCUGCUGCCUGAGAUGAUCCUUGAGAAGCUCGACUCGCCGAUGCUGUAGCGAUUGACUGGUCGGCUCGCUUUCCUGCGGCACACGUACCGAGUGGCUUUGGGAGAUAGUUCACGUUUCGUGAAGGUCAUGAUCUGUCUGCCCACACUUCACUACACCGUUAGACUCACCAUUGGCAGAGCCCGGGAAAGUCUUAGCAAAAGCUGCCUCUCACCGCGCGCGGUUCUCGCACCUUCCACGGCAACGGUGCUUGCUUCACCUGGCGGCCCGUUCCUGCCUCUGCUCUCACCGCGCGGACUUACUCAGCCGCCGAACGACGCGAUUUAUACGACGGCGGUCGCCUUCUCUUUGCCCUCGACAACUAUUGCUCGUUCGCUACGACGUCCACAACCUGUACCCACGACCUCGAGAAUAACUUUCCCAAGUUUUCCACAACUCCGACUCGAUUCAACUAUAAUGUCUGGCUGGGGAACUGAUGGUAUGAAUCUCCCCUUGACAGAUACACUCCCGCUGACUUUGCUGCAGGUGCGGACAACUGGGGCUCUAGCGGUGGCGACACUGCGAUUGCCAAUGCUGGCGCCGAUUCCUGGGGCGCUGGUGACGGUGGCUCCGGCGAUGCCGGUGGUGGCGAUGCGGGCGAUAGGGCCUGCCGAAUCUGCAAUGAAGUCGGCCACUUCGCCCGCGAGUGUCCUCAAAAGCCUGAGGGCGGCGGUCUGACGGGAGAGUGCUACAAUUGCGGCGAAGUUGGGUGAGUGAGCACGAUUCUAUUGGCAUUGAGCCAUGGUUUAUAACUCAUGUGUAGUCACAACAAGGCCGACUGCUCCAAUCCUAAGGUCGAGCGUCCGUUCACCGGCACCUGCAACCUG